GAAAAGAAAAAAGAAAAGGCGAGCUGGUUUUUCUGCCUGAGCGUCCCUGGAUGACACAAGAGGAGGAGGAGGAGGAAGAGGAGGAGGGCGUGCCGUGCCGUGCCGUGCCGUGCCGUGCUCCUCCUCCUUCACUGACUCCUACAGCCCGAUGUGACGGUGUCAGUACCUGAGGACUGAAGCCCACCUGUGGAUCCUCUCCCUGCCGCAGCACCAUGGGGAUCUCCGCGUCCAGCCUGCUGGAUGAGACCAAAUCCGCCUUCAUCAGAGGCGAGGCCGAGGCUGAGCUGAAGGCGUUCAGUCCGUACUACAAGAAGCAGUACUCCACCGCCUGUUUCUGUCAGUUCGAAGAUGAUCUGGAGCAGCACAAAGAGAAGAUGACGCAGCUGCUCAAACAGAGGGAGGCUCCUCAGGAGGCCGAGGUUCUGUACGAGGACGCCGUCCUUUUCUUUGACGAAACCAGGAAGUGGAGGGAUCGAUACCUGGUGGUCAGAGCCAACUACUGCCUGGAGUGUCACGACAGCCUGGAGACUUUUGUUAAAGGAGUUCCUCCACGCCAGAAGCUGCUGCCGACAGGCGGCGCUGUUCUGACCACGGAGGAGAAGUACAUGUCCAUGGUGGACAAGUGUUUCCCUGACGACACCAGUGUGAAGGAGGACUUUGCUCCUCCUCUGGCUGGGAUGCCCGGACAGUUUCCUGUCUACCUGCGUCUCCCCUACAGGAGAGACUCCUACUUCUGCUUCAGGCAACAAGCCAAACAAGAGGCUUUCCUCUCCAUCCUGUCAGACUGCAUCAGACACCAGAACCAAGACUUCCUGAAGAAGAAGACGUGUGAGGUGCAGGCCUUCCUCAAGGCCAUCCAGCUCUACAGGCAGGACAAAGGCAGCUACGAGGCGUGGGACAUGCUGAUAGGAAGUGACGUCAGGGUGAUGGCCAACCUGGUGAUGGAGAAGCUGCUGCCGUCUCUUGAGAAAGACAUGUUGCCUCGUCUCAAAGCCAAGAAGACGGAGAAGAAGAGAGUCUGGUUCGCUACGGUGGAGGCGGCCUACAUCCUGGUCCAGGAGCAUCUGUUGGAGGGACUCUCGGCGCUGAAGGAGGACUGUCGGAUAUCGGUCCGGCAGCAGGAGGUCCUGAUCCACUCCGACAUGGACCAGAUCCUGGAGUCCAGGCGGCAACUGGAGGAAAAAAUCCGAGUCAAAGUGUCGGAGCCGGCAGAGAAGCUGUGCUCCGAGUCCGUCCAGCCGUAUCUGGGCUCAGUGCUGGAGGAACUGAUGGAGCCGAUCAGCUGUGGGUUCCAGGAGGGACGGCAGCUGAGUGAAACCAUGAUGGACCAGGUGUGUCAGGACGUCCUGCUGCAAGGAGACAAAGAGAAACUCAAAAAGGCUCUCUCUGACAUGGCGAAACCGAACCUGCUGAGCUGCUACCAGAAGAUCGGCUCGCUGCAGGAGAAGCUGCAGCACCUGCAGGAGAGAUUUGGCUUCUCGAACAUCACAGGAGUGAUUCACAGCGCUCAGAUCGACCUGCAGCAGCUGAUGGAGAAUGCAGCUUACACGUUCGAGCUGCUGCUUUACAAAGCCGUCCAGGACAACCCGGACAACCCCAACAACGCCAGCUCCGCCAUCGAAAAGGCCAAACACAGAGUGCUCAAGCAAUAUGAUUAUGACAGCAGCACAGUGAGGAAGAGGAUCUCCAGGGAGGCUCUCGUCUCCAUCACGCUGCCCUUCAUCAAGAAGAACCUGGCCCCCACCUGCAAAACUGAGCUUCAGGGUCUUGAACAGUUCAGCGACGCCGACCACUCCAACUUCAUCCAUGUUGACAACGUUUACGAGAGCAUCCUGCUACAGACUCUGGACAAGGAGGUCUCCAAAGUGGUGAAGGAGGCAGCGAGCCUGAAGAAGUACAACCUGUUCACAGACAGCAGAGACCUGCUCAGUCAGUCCAGCCGCUCCAGCCUCUCCUCCCCGUCCGUCUCCACCCCGAACAGCCCCGCCAUGGCGCUCGCCUCCCCGACUAAAACCUCCUCUGAACCGCAGCCUGUGUCUCCUCUUGCAGUGAACGGCCAGCCGUCCACCCCCGAGAAGGAGAAAGUGAACGGAGUUCUGCAGAGUGAAGCCUCAGCAGACAGAGCGGCAGUCAUUGAGACGCCACUGGGGAAGGUGGAGCAAAAAGAGGCAGCACAGAGCGUCGCGGUCAGCCAGGAGGCACCCAAAGAAGAAGAUAUCAUCCAAACUGUGACUCCGGCUGCUGUUGAGAGCACAGCUUUAGCAGCGACAACCAACCAGAGUGAGACACAGGAAGUGAACAUAGAAUCAACUUCCGUCCAAACAGAAAAAGUGGAGACGGCUGCUGCGCCUCUGGUUCAGAACACAGACGCCCCAAAAGAAGCAGAAAUCAGUUUGUCAGAAACUCCCGCUGUUGUAGAAAAUGUAAAGACAGAAGUAGAAGCAGCAGCAGCAGCAGCACAGACAGAAGCUCCUGAUUCCACAAAUGUACCAGAAAACACUUCAGCAGAAGGUGCUCAGUCCCAAACUGCAGCCAACAGUGAAGUACAGACACACUGUGAAAGCUCAGAAGCCAAGUUAGAGGCUCCCUCUAGUGGUGAAACAGCUGUACUCUCACCUGCAGACGUCAGCCUGAAGGAGGCAGAACCAGAUGCAGUCUCAGACCCAAAUUCUCUGGAUGUGUCAGUAGGCAGCGAGGUGGCUCCAUCGGAUGUCGAGUCCACAGAAGAGGUGAAAGUGACACAGAGCAGCGAGGAUGAAGUCUCGACGACCUCUGACGUCUUGGAGGACGAGAGAACCAGCAAAUUAGCUUUGAGUUCAGAUGAUCCGGCUGAGGACAGACCGGCUCCUCCGGCCCAGACUGAAGCUGCGAGCGACGACAUCGAGGCCGGAGCGAAUGUGGAGGCAGCCGGAGCUGCUACACCCUCUGACUCUUCUGAUCCCGUCAUGGAGGAAACGGCCUCCAGCCCUGAAGUCCAGGCCUUCGACUCCAUCAAGGAGAUCCGGGACCUGGUGGUGGAGGUGAUCGAGGUGGAGGAGCUGGUGCAGCAUUACCCCGAUGGAGUUCCAAAAGAGGAAUGAAGCACCUGCAUCGCUUGUUCUGCUGAAGGAACCAGAUCACGAUCCGCUUCCUCAAACUGUCCUGAAGUUCAAACACGGUCCUCCGAGCAGAAACAGAAAGACUCCUGGGAAACAUUCAGACACUUUCACGAACUUUUUUUUUUUAAAACCACAUAUGCAUGAAAUUACUGUAAAUUAUUUAUACAAAUCAUUAACAUAUCAAUAUAUUAGCAUUCUAUCAAACCAACAGGUCUGAUUCAUUCUGACAGGAUUUGUUUCUUAACACUACGAUUAUUUUAGCACCAAAUUGUUUUAGAAAAUCUGGAUGUGGAAAUGUUUUAUCAAGAUUGUGAAGAAUCUUCUGGAAAUGUACUUGUGCUGCGGUAGAUAAAUAUUUUGGAAAAUACUUUCUAAGAGUAAGAUGUGAAGAUGGAUAUCAAUUUUUUUUAAAUUUUCUCACAUCAGCUGGAGUCAGGACGUUGUUAGCCUAGCUUAGCAUCAAGACUGGAUGCUGCAGCAAAAAGCUAACCCAACAACACGUCACAUUUAUAAUAUAUAUUUACUGGAACAUAAUUGGGUAAUAUUGUAUUUCAUUACAGCGCAUCUUCAUUUACAAACUGAUCACGUGUUUUCAGUAGUUAUAAACUAAUGUUGGCUCUGACACUGUCGUCUCACAGAAUGUCCCGCCCACAACAAUAAAAUAACAUGAAUCUGCAAAUUAACUAGUAAUUAAGUUUAUCAAAUGAAUCAAGGGGAGAGGAAGUUCAAAGUAGCAGAAAAAGUAGAAUUCAGGUAAAGUAACUGAACAAACUGAAUCACUCCUGGUUUGAAAUUUGGAAGUUUGAAAGUGCAGAGUUUCAUUUUUGCUGCGGCUGAAUAUCAGUCGACCCCUCAACAAAUUACAUGGAACAGUGACAGAGAAACAAAGCUGUAUUCUGUACAGUUACAAAAAAACAGACAGCAUUAUCAGAUACUGACACAUUUUAUAAAAGUGGGGACUGUAAUCAGGAUUAGACAGAUUUACGGCCUUUUUCUCUCAGCGAAAAUCUAAUUUAUAACUGAAAACACAUAAAGGAGUGAAACUUAUCGUCACUCUGAAGCUUAUUGAUAUGUUAAUUAUACGUGUAUUAAUCCCCAGAUUGAGGACGGCCGGUUAGCUCAUCACCCAAACGUCUUCAUCAUCGAUUGAUCAUAAUGACUCAGACUCAUCAAACUUCACUGAUACUGAAGACUGAUAUCCAUCUGAACAUCUCACUCUCAGGGAAAAAUGUUCUCUAGCAACAGAAGUGUCACCAAUUAAUCUAGAAAUCACAGUAACAGAUAUUUGAUUAUGUUAGACUGUUUAUCGAUCAGCUUGAUCAAUACCACUGAAGUCUUAGUUUAGGCACAUGUUAAUCUUUUGACCUACUGAAGGAUUUUAACUGAAGAAGUAGCUCAUCAACGUGCCUUUACGUACCUCCGUGGUGCCUCCACGUGCCUUAACUCGCGCGACGACGGACAUCCGCCUGUCGUGUGGAUGCGGUUGCCGUAGAGACCGGUCUGAGUCUGGACACCUGAGCUGGAGCGCCGUCUCCACCGAGUGCCUUCUCCCUGCAUAGAGCAUCUCAUGCAGACGUGGUUAGUUUACAGCGAUGACCUGAACUGACCCCCAGAUGAAUGUCGCUUAAUGGAAACAUGGUGUGGAAAUAUGAAUAAUAAAAGAAGUCUGUAAACAAA